CGCGCCCGGAAGCAGCUCUGGGCGGCGCGCGGCGGCUCGCGCCCUUCCCCGGGUGGGGGAGCCGCGAACCCCAGGCCGGGCCGCGCGCGCGCCGAUUGGAGCGCGGGCCCGUAGCCGGGUUCGCCCCGCACAGCCCCGUGCUCGCGGCCACCACAUCCAGAGCGCCAGCGACGACAUGGGCAGCCGCGGCGCGCCCGAUCCGCGCGCGGAUGUGAAGUAUUAAAAAGAAAAUGGCCCAACAGGACACUGUAUUUCCUUCUCUUGUCACCCAAGAAGGGUAUACUAUCUGGAAAAUAUGCAUCUAAGGCGAGUGAGGACCAUGCCUCGACACAGCCAGUCCCUGACCAUGGCACCCUAUUCUUCUGUGAGCCUGGUGGAGCAGCUGGAAGACAGGAUCCUCUGUCAUGAGAAAACCACGGCAGCCCUGGUGGAGCAUGCCUUCCGCAUCAAAGACGACAUCGUCAGCAGUUUGCAGAAGAUGCAGAACAAAGGGGGAGGGGACCGCUUAGCCAGGCUGUUCUUGGAAGAACAUAUCAGGAAUAUAACUGCCAUUGUGAAGCAACUGAAUCGGGAUAUUGAGGUUCUCCAGGAGCAGAUCCGUGCCAGGGACAACAUCAGCUAUGGAACUAAUUCUGCCUUAAAGACGCUGGAGAUGCGCCAGCUCUCUGGCUUGGGAGAUCUUCGAGGAAGAGUUGCGAGGUGCGACGCCAGCAUAGCCAGACUCUCUGCAGAGCAUAAGACGACCUACGAAGGCCUCCAGCACUUGAACAAGGAGCAGCAAGCAGCCAAGCUGAUCCUGGAAACAAAAAUCAAAGACGCAGAAGGACAGAUUUCUCAGCUUUUGAGCAGAGUGGACUUGUCCAUUUCAGAGCAGAGUACCAAACUGAAGAUGUCCCACAGAGACAGCAACCACCAGCUUCAGCUCCUGGAUACUAAAUUUAAAGGUACAGUCGAGGAACUCAGCAACCAGAUUUUAUCUGCCCGGAGUUGGCUGCAACAAGAACAAGAACGGAUAGAGAAAGAACUUUUACAGAAAAUUGAACAUCUUUCCUUGAUUGUUAAGGAAAACAGUGGAGCCAGUGAAAGAGACAUGGAAAAAAAGCUCAGCCAGAUGUCAGCCAGGCUUGACAAAAUCGAAGAGAGCCAGAAGAAGAACGUGGAAGGACAGAGAACGAAGCCGGAGGAGGAGAAGGUGCAUGGGCGGAUCAGCAAGCUGGAGUUACAGAUGAACGAGGACAUGAAGGAAAUGAAAGCGGAGGUUAACGCUGGGUUUACAGCCAUCUACGAAAGCAUAGGAUCCCUGAGGCAAGUGCUGGAGGCCAAGAUGAAGCUGGACAGGGACCAGCUACAGAAGCAGAUCCAGCAGAUGCAGAAGCCAGAAACUUCCAUGUGAAGAGGGCUGGGACGAGGACCUGGCAGGAGAAGAGAUUGCCUGUGGGGCUAAGAACCAGACACCUCUGCAGCCGGGUCAUGGCUGCGUUCUGGAUCCCAUCAAGGGUGUGCAUGUGCCAAGAAACAUGUUCUCAUGGGUCUAAACGUUUACCUUAUUGAAAACAUCUUUAUUCAAAAGUCUUCAGUACAAUUUUUACAACUGUAUUUCCCUAUCUAAGUGCAGUUGAGCCCUAUGCCCUCAGAUUUUGAAAGGCUUUUAUGAAUGAAAAGAAUUUAUUUUCAAUGCCUGAUGCUCUAGCCAAGACUACUAUUUUGGGAAAAAAACCUGCCAUGGUGAUUUUUUUUUAAAAUUAAGAAAUGAAUAAUGUAUUGCUCCUCACCCUACAUUAAGAGAAUGUCCUGAUAGAUUAGAAUUCAGCUUGAAGUCCACAUCUGGAUUGUUUUACUGUUGUCUAUGCAUUUUUAAAAAAAUGUUGGGUUAUUUUCUUGUAAAUCACCUGUCUUUUGUAGAGAGAAGAGAUUUAACACUGGAGGGGAAAAAAAAACCUUGCCAUUUAUAUAAUGAAAAUAGUUUUUUAAGAAUUGAUAACUGCCAUAUAGAUUGCAAAUUAAGUGGAAACUUACAACAUGUAUCUAGAUCCCUCAAGGCACAAUAUUUAUAUCCACCUAGUACCAGCUUUUAAUAUUUAAAGCUAUUUUGGGACCCAUGCACAGCCGGUGUAGCCAAUAGCCAUAUAUUUAAUAAUGGGACGGUGGCUCAGCAGCUUAUCACACAGUUAACUGUUCAUCCAUCGCAAUGGAUAUGAGAAUUGUUCAGACUUUACGAUUCACCUAAAUGUUCCCCAAACAGACGCUAAGUGCUAGGGUUUAUAGACGUUUGUUGUAACUGUCUAUUUGUGCCUUGGUUUUUAUCACGUCACUGUACUGUCCCCUGUAAAAACAAAACAAAACAUUACCAACAAAACAAAGUGUGGUAAACACAUCAGAGUUGGGAUGUGAAACUGGGAUCCUAUGUAUGUCCUUUUUAAGCGUCCUAACGAUGUUUUCACCGUCACGACGGGACGCAUUCGGCAUCAUUCACGGGAUGGUUGCACACACUUUUGUAUGGGCAGAGUCAAACUGAGGCUACAUUUAUCGUACCGUGAAGAGAUGUGUGUCCCGGCACCUUUGUCGAUGUUUUAUUUUCGAUCAUCGUGUGUGAGUUGUUGAAGACUGGAGCCUGUGCUGUUUGCUCGCCUGUGAGUCUGUCAUAGCUGACAGAAGACAGCGUGCUGAAGUGUGAGGGCACCCCAGGAGAGAGAGCAGGAGCACUUAGAAGUUCCCGGAAAGCCACCUUGUCUUCUCCUUUCCUCUCUCAUUUGCAAGGACUCAGGAAAAUAAAGAUCAUUUUCUAUUUCUAAAUAAAUCACAAUGAGAUUCUAACUGGCUCUUACUGUUGACCCAUGUAAGGGACGCUGCUAAAGUACCUAAUAGUUCACUCUUGGUAGCUUGACAAAUUCUGUUUUAAUUUGGACUCAUGAGAGGUUGUGUGAGGAAUACGUAUCUAUCAUGCAUUUCUUCAUUUCCCCGCGUAUCUUUGCAUCUCUAGAUAGGGAGAUCUUUCCGCCGGGGAGAAGUCGCUGGUGUUCAGAAAGCACGUCUUCCCCUUUGUGCGAGGCUAGCCAUGUUCCAUGGAGUGAUCAGGCACAAGGCUCAGGACAGGGCCACACCCCCUCAGUGUCUCUGUCCUCUGGGGGCUCUGAGGGAGAAGGAUGAGGACAGAUGACACCUGGGAAGAGGGACACAGGGGACACCAGCUAACUCCGGCCCAGCAGGUGGUGUAUGCAGGUGUCACCGCGGCUGGUGGAAUCACCUAGGUGCUCACUUAGGUCUGCCUAAGUGUGUGCUGCAGACCUGGGACAGGGACUCUCCACCCUGGCCACGUGGGGUCCCUCGGGGAGUUUGAAGAGUCACUGAUGCUGAGCAACCUCCAGACUUAGUCAGAGCAUCUGGGAGGCAGUCACCAGCAUCAGUGUGUCCCCCCCCCCCCAAGCCCCAGUGUUUCAGUGUGUAGCUGGGAGGCCAGCCAUCCAGUGAAGACAAUAGAGUUCUCUUCUAGCCAAAGUUUAAAGGAGAAUCAGCUAUCCUGUCUUUUCCUUUACCAGAGAUUUGCAAUAAAAAGAAUAAAAUUUUCAAAUAUAUGUGGCAUGGGACUUUUAAAUGGAAAGUUUUUUAGUGUGGGGUGAAAACUUUGGCAGGCCGACUGCCUUAGUAAAGAUACUACUUGGCUUUCUUUUUUUUUUUAAUUUGAAAAAAAAUUUAUUUAACUCCAUAUUUCCAAACGGGAAUCUUUAAACAGAUGGUGGAGGCCUCCCUACAAGUCAGAGUUAAGACCCAUCAUUCCUCUGGUUAUUGCAGGUGAGGGUAGCUUACUGGGACCCAUGAAUUUGAACCACUUGGCUCUCUUGAGCAAUCUGACGCUGACAUCCUGGUAGGCCUUCCAGGGCCAUUGCUGAUGGCAUCACCCAUGGGAAACCAGGGUCUCAGGUCCCUGCUGCCUCUGGAAUCAUGCCAGUGAGCAGUUCCUGGCUGUGUGCCACGGACCCGUGCUGAGAUUUUUACAGAAUACUUCUUUAACCCCAUGCAUUCAUGUGUGCGUGUGUGUGCGCGCAUGAGCAUUGGCUCGAGGAUGUCAGAAGAGAGCACGGGGUCAUUUGGAACUGGAGUUCCAGAUGAUUGUGAACCACCUGCCAUGGGUGCUGGGAACUGAACUCAUGUUCUCUGCAAGAGCAACAAGUGAUCUCAGCUGCUGUACCUUCUCCCCAGCUUUUGUGCUCAUUCCUUUUGUUUGCCAGCGUCUAGUUAAGUACCAUUUGUCCCCCAUUUAACAGAGAAAAUUGAGUCACAUAAAAAGGAAGCAAGGUGCCUCAAAUCCUACAGCUCGUUAGUAGGAGACCUGAUUCUAGUAGGCACCUGGAUUAUACAUCUUGGUUUUCCCAUCUGACAAGCCCUCACCUGCAGCCUGACUCCGCCCUGCUGUUUCAUUACCUUUGUAUUUUAAAGCCUGCGAGCUGGAGAGGGUAGCGGGGGAGGUGGGAAGAGCUAGGAUGCUAGCAUGGACUUUGAAAAGUUUAACAAGUACUUAUGAUACUAAAGAAACCUGGGAGCUAGCAUGAGCUCUGAUAUGCUACUAAGCACCCUGGGUAGUGAGUGACCACAGGUCCCUAUGCCAGAGAUAAGGAAAGGACUCCUUUUGGUGGAGAGGAACAAGCGUCACACGUUCCCGAGGAAUUCUGGCUUUUAUCUGAUGACCAGAACUCCUCCUACAGUUCAGGUUUGGAAAUUGGAAUUAGAGUUUCCUUUUAAACUGACAGGUUUGGGAACUCAAACUCAGGUCAGGGGGGGUUGCUGUAAAGUGUUUAACAGUUGAGGCAUCUCCCCAGUCCUAAAUUCACUAACUCCUGUAUAGCAAUAAUUAGCCUAUUAAAAAGGAAAUCAGGCCAGAUGUUGGUGAUGCAUGUCUUUAAUCCCAGCACCUGGGAGGGAAAGGCAGGAGGAUCUCUGAGUUCAAGGCCAGCCUGGUCUACAAAGCAAGUUUUAGGAUAGCCAGGGAUACACAGAGAAAGCUUGUCUUGAAAAGCCAUCCACAAACCUGAGAAUAAAUUUAACCCAUAUGUUAAAGACCUGUACAGUAAAAUUAUAGAACAUCGAGAAAAGGAAGUAAGACUUCAUGUUUGGCAGAAUGAAGGUUGUGAAAGAAGUUGCAUUACAAGACAACUAUUGACCCAGUGCAUUCCCAUCAGAAUUUCUGAGUCAUUCUUCACAGAGACAAAACAAUAAUUAUAAAAUCCUCAUGGAAGCAGAAAUAACCCUGAACUGCAAAGGCAACUUUGAACGGAAGAACAACCACCAUGAUGAACACCAUGACCGUAAACAAUGUAGGGAGGCAAGGGUUUAUUUCAGCUGACAGCGUUCAGCUCAUUCAUGGCCCACUGCUGUGGGAAAGCAAGUAGGAACGGAAGCAGAGAAUACCACGGGCUGCUCACUGGCUUGCUUCCUGUCGUUGGCUUACACCACCCAGGGCUGCUGCUGAGGGACACCACUAUCCACAGUGAGCUGGACCCUCCCUCAUCGAUCAUUAAUCAAGAAAAUGCUCCAACAGACUUGCCUGCAGGACAAUCUGACGGAGGCAAUUCUUCUGUUGAGGUUCUCUCUUCCCAUGACUCUGGCUUGUGUCAAGUUGUCAAAAGCUAACCGCCGGGAAGGAGGUGCUUGCUACUAAAUCUGAUGACAUGGGACCCACAUACUGGAAAGGGUGAACCUGACUCCUAUAAGUUGUCCUCUGACCUCCACAUUUGUGCAACUGCAGGGGUGGCCGCCAACAAAUGAAAACAUUUUUUUAAAGGCCAGGUGUGUGCUUCUAAGCCCAGAACUCAGGAGGCAGAAGAGGGUGGAUCUCUGAGUCUGAGGCAAGUCUGGUCUCCACAGUAAAUUCCAGGCCCAGGUAGAGUUACAUGGUGAGACCUUGUCCAAAAAUAAUAAAUAAACAGACACAUAAUUGACAUAUGAUAUUGUGUCAAGUUAAAAAAGCCACACCACAAAGGACUCAAUUACUGGAGUGAGGAGCCUGAAGAAUAAGAAAAAAAAAUAUCUGUCAACUUUGUUUAAAUUAAUAUUUGGAACUAAAAGUUUAAAUGCCAAAAGAACAAAUCAAUCAAAACUUCAAUAGAAUUUUCAAAAGAAAUCCAAUAAAUGGUUGAUAAAGUCAUGAGAAGUGUUCAAAGUCACAAUUAGCCACCAGAGAAAUGCAAAUCAAAAGUACAUUGAGGCUCUAUAUCAUCUCAGUGAGAAUAGCUGUUCUUAAGAAGACAGACAAAGGGAACAAGACAAUGGCUCAGUGGUGAAGAGUACCUAACCAUUCUUCCAGAGGACACAAGUUCAAUUCCCAGCACCCUUAUAAAAAACAUCACAACUGUCUACUACUCCAAUUCAGGGGAUCCAACACCUCUGCACACACACAACUUAAAAAAUAAUAAAAACUAGAAACCAAGCAAUAGGCCAGGCAUGGCACCCUAGGCAGGAGGACGGAAAGUUCAAGUCUAGCUUCUGCUACACAGUGAAAUUGUCUCAAAAGUCAAAACAACACAAAUGCAGGUGAGAACAUGGGUAAAAGAGUGAAGAGAUGGCUCACAGUCAAGAGCACUUAAUAUUUCUGCAGAAGACCCAGGUUUGGUUCCCAGCAUCCACAUGGUGAUAACUCCAGUCCCAGAGGAUCCGGCACCCUCUUCUGGCCUCUGUAGGUACUGCACACAGGUGCCGCACAGACAUAGAUGUCGACAAAAUACACAUAAAAAUAAAUAAAUGCUCAUAAGUAAUUUUUAAAAGAAGCACAUUCUGUUAUAGGAAUGUAAACUAGUUCACCUACUCUGGAAAUCAACAUAAAAGUUGAUGAAAUAACUUCCAUAUGAUUUAAUCAUCCUGCUUCUGGAAGCAGUCAAAGUUCACAUGAGACCAGAGUGCCUGCACAUCCAUGUUUGUGUUGGUACUGUGUACAACAGUGGAGCCAUGGGACCAGCCUAGGCGCCCAUCGCUGUAUAAACGGAUGAAGGGAAGAUAGCAUAAUCUUCAACCAUAGUGGAGAGUGGAGUUGCACCCUUUGCAGGGAGAGGAUCAUGUUCAUCACUGGAAGUCAGACUCCUAAGUGCAAAUAUCAUCUAUUUUCUCUUAUAUAUAAAAUGUAGAAUUUUGUUUCAAAGACAUUAAAGUAGAAGGGAGACUACUUGGGGAGAAGACAGGACCAGUGGAUGAAUGUGAAAGAAAGGGGGCAAUGGGGGAUGAAUAUAAUUGAGUGCAUUCUGUAUUUGUGUGAAAAUUUCAUGAUACCUACUGGCUUGGACAAUUAACGUAUAGCAAUUUUAAAUUAUUGAACAGAGUCUGGGGAGGUAGUUCCGUGGUUUCACAGUCAGGAAAACUUGAGUUUGGAUCUCCAGUCCCUAUAUAAAAAGCCAGGCUUGGUGGCAUGUGCCUGUAACUCCAUCUCUGAGAGGACAGGCAGGCAGGUCACAGGAACUCAUAGGCCAGCCAGUCUGACUGUAACUGAGAGACAUUGUUCAGGAGAGAAUCUCUCACAAAAAGUAAGGUGGAGAGUGACAGUGGAGACCAUCCUGAGAUCAACCUCUGACCUCCAUAUGCGUACAUACAAGAGUGAGUGCACCCGCACACACGUGUGUACACAUGCAUCACACACACACACUUGAACAAAGUUAUCUUAAGUAAAGGCCAGGAGCUGAAGAAAUGCUUUGGCAUUAAAAGCACUUGCUGCUCUUUUAGAGGACCCAAGUUCAAUUCCCAGCAUCUCAAUGGUGGCUCACAACCAACUGUAAUUGUUCCUGGGAAUCCAAUGGCCAUCCAGGCACUUAUGUAGUACAUGAAUAUGCCAGCAGACAAAACACCCAUAAAACACUUUUUAAAAAUUUAAAUAGCGUCUGUGUCAUCUGAGGCCAUUAUUCAUACUCUGAUGCAACAAUUUAUAAAUAUUGGAGACUUUAUUUAUCUGGUUUUUUUUGGUUAAUUUUUAAUUUUAGACAUAUUUUAAUCAAGUGUUAUUUAGCCUGAUAACAGACCUCUGGCUCUCCCUCCUUUUCAUUUUGCAUUAAGUUCAGGGCUUUUCUCACCUUACCCUAACCCUAACCCUGACCAGCUAUAUGGAAAUCUGGGACUAAAUGCAGCAAUCAAUAAAUAUGAUUAGCUUGC